CCUCAGUUCUUAUCCGGUGUUUCUCCUUUUCACUACAGCGAGUGUCAUUUAAGUAUCUUCUUCGAUGGCCAACAAGCUUUUCAAUGCAAGUAACUUUCCGGAGCAACUGGGGCAUGGAAUUGCGAAGUUUGAGCUAGUUUCUUCCCCUGUUUCUUCUAUUUCAUCCCCAGGCGUCUCUCACGCAUUCUCCUCAACUUUACCGGCAGAUAAAAGCCAUCGAUUCUUUGCUAGAACUGGACCUUCUUUAGGAGGUGGGUCGCCAGCAACAAAGAAAGUUGAGCAGUACUCUGUUCAUAGGGUUACUGUGGAUGGCCGCUGCCUGUUUCGAGCACUGGUCAAAGGGAUGGCAUUAAACAAGGGUAUUGAUUUAAGCCCCCGAAAAGAGAGAGAUGAUGCAGAUGAAUUAUGAAUGGCUGUCAAAGAAGUUCAUGCUAAAGACCGGCAGCAGUAUGAAGAGGCUUUGGUUGCAAUUACAGUUUAAGAAUCUUUUAAACGGUUAGACUCUAAUCUUACUUAUAAUUCAUGGAAUCUCUUUUAGAGUUUUAGUAUCUAUUGUUGAUUGACUGCUUAGCAUUUCCUUGUAAUGAGAAUCUAUCAACUUCUGUAGUUACUGCCAACGCAUUCAACGACCUGAUUUUUGAGGAGGAUAAUCAGAGCUACUGGUUUGU